UCGUUGGAGACGCCGCGGCCGCCGCCCCAGCCCGGCCUCGGUGCCCCUCGCCACCGGUUCGCCGGUGCGGCCAGGAUGAAGCCGGGGCAUGGCCGCCGGUGCCCCGUCACCUGCCGCGGGGAGCGUAGAGCCUAUUGAAACUCUGCCCCUGAGAACUUAAGCCCUUCCAGGGGUGCCUGCUCUCCCAGAGACACUGUACCUCAGAACCUCCCUGGGACCCCCCCCUGCCCAGCGACGACACUCUCCGCACCUGCUGGCCCCAGCGUGAAGUCAGAACCGCCAGAGGAAAUCCUGCCGGCCUUCCCCGGAGCUGGUCUGCAGGCCCCUCUGCGGGAUCCAGGAGCACCCCUCCUGCACAGAGAGAGCCCAGAGCGCCCCGGGGAAAAUUGGCUGAAUAAAAGGGCAAUCAGGACGCCACGGCUCCGCCUGAGGCGAUGGCCCAGCCCUACCCCCCUGCCCAGUACCCGCCUCCGCCUCAGAACGGCAUCCCCACUGAGUACGCCCCGCCCCCACCACACCCCACGCAGGACUACUCCGGCCAGACCCCUGUCCCCCCAGAGCACGGCAUGACCCUCUACACACCAGCACAGACGCACCCUGAGCAGCCGGGAACCGAGGCCAGCACGCAGCCCAUAGCAGUGACCCAGACAGUGCCGCAGACAGAUGAGGCGGCACAGACGGACAGCCAGCCACUCCACCCCUCCGACCCCACAGAGAAGCAGCAGCCCAAGCGGCUGCACGUCUCCAACAUCCCUUUCCGGUUCAGGGACCCCGAUCUGCGGCAAAUGUUCGGGCAAUUUGGAAAGAUUUUAGACGUGGAGAUCAUUUUUAACGAGCGGGGCUCCAAGGUAAACAACGCCACGGCCCGAGUCAUGACCAACAAGAAGACCGGGAACCCCUACACCAACGGUUGGAAGCUAAAUCCUGUGGUAGGAGCAGUCUAUGGGCCUGAAUUCUAUGCAGUGACUGGCUUCCCCUACCCUACCACGGGCACCGCUGUUGCCUACCGGGGCGCACACCUCCGGGGCCGGGGCCGGGCCGUGUACAACACGUUUCGGGCUGCACCGCCUCCACCCCCCAUCCCGACUUACGGAGCGGCACUGGAGCAAACGCUUGUUAAAAUGCCAGUCCCGUGGGCGGGGCUGGCACCGUGCCCCCUCCCUCCUCAGCAGACUCCGGAGCCGGCCUACCCCACCUCUCCAGCGUUCCCACCACUCUCUUGUCCGUUUGCUUCCAGGGUCGUGUAUCAGGAUGGAUUUUAUGGUGCUGAGAUUUAUGGAGGCUAUGCAGCCUACAGAUACACUCAGCCAGCGGCAGCGGCGGCGGCAGCCUACAGUGACAGUUACGGCAGAGUCUAUGCAGCUGCUGACCCCUACCACCACACCAUCGGCCCCGCAGCGACCUACAGCAUUGGAACCAUGGCUAGCCUCUGCCGAGGAGGGUACAGCCGCUUCACCCCCUACUAGCAAGAGACCCACCCCUAACAGCAUUCACACUACUGCC